UUUCGCUUCGACGAUACGAGCAGGGACUCGCUUUGGCAUCCAGACUACUCUAUCCGAUAACCAGUCAUUUAUCUCUCUCCAGUGGAGGAUCUUGAACGACGCCCGACGAGAGGACGAAGCAGUCGUUUAAAAAGGAGGCAACAUGAAGUUCUCAUCAGCAAUGACAUUGGGCAUGGCGCCCCUGGCGCUGGGAAAGGCCGUCCAUGACGUCUACCCCGUCCGGCGGAACGGACACCAAGGGGGCGCCGCCAUCCAACUCAGCGCCAACCAGGUCGCGGCGACCGAGGCUGAAAUCGCCAAGCUCGAGCAGCUGAUCGGUCUGAACCGGGGCAGCGGCGUCGAGAUCAACUUCCUCUGGGUCAACCUCGGCGGCGGCGCGGCAACCACCGUCCUCGGCGCCGCCAAGACCGUCACCGUCACGCAGACCGUCGUCGGCGGUGCUGCCACCGCUCCCCCAGCCGCCAUCACGAGCGGGGCCGCCUCGGCGACCAUCACCUCCCCCCCAAGUGGAACGACCGUCGUCUCCAGCGGCGCCACCCACAGCGUCACGGUCGGCGGACCCGGCGGUCUGGCCUUCACCCCCGCGCAGAUCUCCGCCACGCCCGGCGACACCGUCAUCUUCACCUUCCUCAGCCAGAACCACACGGCCACGCAGUCUUCCUUCGACACCCCCUGCCAGCCGCUCGCCGGCGGCAUGGACUCGGGCUUCCAGCCCAACCCCAACAACACGGUCAACCCGCCGCCGCAGGUCGCCAUGCAAGUCAUGGUUAGCACACCGCUCUGGUUCUACUGCCGCCAAAAGGGCCACUGCGGCAAGGGCAUGGUCUUCAGCAUCAACCCGACGGCCAACAAGACGCAGGCGGCCUUCCAGUCGAUGGCGAUCCAGCAGAACGGCCAGGGCGCGGGCUCGGCCAUCACGGGCGGCAGCAGCUCCAACAGCUCCAGCAGCUCCGGCUCCGGCGCCGGCUCCAGCUCCAACGCCGGCGCGGCCGCCUCCACCUCGGCGACGCUGGCGCAGCUGCCGGGCGCGACCACCUCGGCCGGCAGCGCCGCCGGCGCCGCCAGCACCGGCGUCGUCACCGGCUCCGGCCAGGUCGCGGCCGACGGGUCGUGCGUGUGCGCCGUCCAGUGCAGCUUCCCCGGCUUCCCGAACGCGCAGGUGCAGGGGAGGGAUAGCUUUGGCGGGUUCGGCGGCGGCGUCCCCAUGGCUAUGGUCCCUGCUCGGUUCAGGGCGUAAGAGCGCUGUUUUGAAGCAAAGGGAGGCAUUCAUUUGUCUUCAAAAGCUGGGUGGGUCAUGGAUACCUUGACCUGGUGUUCGUUUCUGGAAUGCGGAGGUUGUGGCUGGGCUGCUAAGGCGGACGGCGGGAGGCGGAAAUACCAUUUGCCUGUAGAUCUUCUGUUCACUUUUUUCCUUUCCUCUCCUGAUGUCCCUUGUUCUGUUUCCCCGCUGCUGCCCGGCCUGGGUGUUGGAGCAGCGAGGCAUAUGACUGGUUCGUAGUUUCUGGAUGCACAACUCUUAAUAUAUAUAUCUCACGGUGGAAUAUGACGACCCUGUUGCUUCUGGCCUGUACGUGAGCUGUUGGUGAUAAAU